UUUUACGUCAAUAAGUGGAUGUUCGUUUCAAAAGUCGAGGAAAGAACUCGUAGAGGGGUGCUAUUCGUGAUGAGUACUUAGAAUCUUUUGGUGUUAUCCAGAGCUUCUGUCCACUAACUGCCAUGUUUUUAAAGAUAAUUGUAGAAACAAAAGUAGCAAAAUGAGUGGUGAUUUGUUGAAUGGUCAGAAAUAUAUUAUUGCAGUUGAUGUUGGAACAACAAAUGUUCGUUGUCACAUCUAUGAUAAACAAGCUAAUAUUAAAGGAGAAGCACAAGGCAGGAUGGAGCUCAUCUUUCCUCAUCAUGGGUGGGUAGAACUAAAUCCAGAUAUGUUGUGGAAUACUUUCGUUCAGGUGGUGAGAAAUGGGAUUAAAAAUGCUGGUAUAAAAGCUAAGCAGGUUGCUUGUAUUGGAAUAAGUACACAGAGAGGAACAUUCACAAAUUGGGACAGGGAGACAGGACAGCCAUUUCACAAUUUUAUCACAUGGAAAGAUACAAGAGCAGAACGUUUAUGUAGAGAAUGGAACAAUUCUUUACAGAUGAAGUGUUUGAGAGGAGGAGCUCAGAUUCUGCAUUUUUUCACCAGAAGAAAACGUUUCUUAGCUGCUAGUAUAUUGUAUUUCCAAACUGGAAUGGUUGUCAUGAGACUGCUCUGGAUACUACAGCACAUUCCACUGAUUCGAGAAAGAGCAGUGGAAGGACAAGCCAUGUUUGGAACAUUGGAUACCUGGUUAAUGUGGAAACUGACUGGAGGCAGAACUCAUGCUACUGACAGUUCAUGUGCUUCAAUUAGUGGAAUGUAUGAUCCCUUCCAGAUGUGCUGGGCAGGCUGGUGUAUUAACAUGUUGAACAUUCCUCCUUCCCUGCUGCCAGUUGUGAAAGAUACAAGUGGCUGGUUUGGAAAGACAACUCCUGAAAUAUUUGGUGCUGGAAUUCCAAUCACAGCAAUAAUAGGGGACCAACAAGCAUCCACUUUUGGUGAAUGUUGUUUUGAAGUUGGUGAUGUCAAGUGUACUAUUGGAACUGGGGCAUUUAUUAACAUCAACACAGGAGACAAACCCCAUGCCUCACUCAAGGGUUUAUACCCAGUUAUUGGAUGGAAGUUAGGAGAUAGUGUGACCUAUUUGGCUGAAGGAAGCUCUUUUGAUGCUGGUACAGUGUUAUUAUGGGGACAAAAGAUAGGUUUAUAUGAUGAUGUUGCUCAAACAAAUGACUUAGCAAAUUCAGUGCCAAAUUCGGAUGGUGUGUUUUUUGUACCGGCUUUCAGUGGCCUUCAAGCUCCUCUAAAUGACAAUCUAGCUGUGUCUGGUUUUAUUGGAAUAAGCAACAGAACUACCAAAGCUCAUAUGACUAGGGCCUUAUUGGAGUCUCUAGCAUUUCGAAUCCAGCAGAUGUAUGAAGUAAUGCUAGAAGAGGCCAACUUUCAGCUAAACUACUUACGGGUUGAUGGUGGAGUGGCCAACAAUGAUUUUUUGGUUCAGUUGAUUGCUGACUUGACAGAACAACCAGUGGAUCGACCAAAGCAGCGGGACAUGUCAUGCUUAGGAGCUGCAUUUCUAGCAGGAUUAGCAGUUGGCAUUUGGAGUUCCAUAGAAGAACUGGAAGAAUUACGUAAUGAAGAGCGGGUAUUCCAACCUUGCGAUAACUGGAGAGAUCAGUACAAAGAUGUUGUGAUGACCUGGGAAAGGGCUGUUCGUAGAUGUCUGCAUUGGUACAAGGAUGAAAUCACUGUAUAUAGCAUAUAGAAUAAAAUAAAAAUGAUUAUCAGUUUUUAAUUCUUUAUUUUCCUUUGUUAUAUUACAAAACUAACAAUUUACUUGGGUCUGAUUCUUGACGAGUAAGUACUGUGUCGGUCUUAUAGGUACAAAACACAUAAAUAAAAAGUAAAUGAACAGUUUUAAUGCAUUUUUCCUGUGAUCAAGAAUAGAAAAUGAUCAAAAUGUUAAUAGAUGUGCUACACACACAGAACCAUAGGGAUUUGUUUAAUGAUUUAUUAACUGCAGAGUUUUCAAGUAUCAAUUUAGGAAAGAAUUUUUUGUGGUAUUUGAGUUUGGGAAGACAGAAUUGGAGUAUAUAUUUUUACCAUAGUUUUAAAUGAUUCUUGUAUAAAAUCAAGUUCUUGAUGUUGUUGUUUAUUUUGUUUUUAUAUAAAACUAUUUCAGUUUGGUAUUUAAAAGAGAAUUCUUUUUUAUAUGAUCUACUAUAGUGGACAGUACGUGUUUGUUUGAUUGAACUUCAGGAUCACAUAAAUAGUGAAAACCAAAUAGAAAUGUUUGCUUACAUAGUUUAUUAGUUUUGUAUUUUUCAAUCUGAUCAGAACAAGUGGAGCAAGAUUUUGUUAUAUGGGUUUGAUUAAUGUGUGCAUAGAAUGUGCAGGGGAUGAGGGUUAACAGAUUUCUCUCUUCUCCGUCCAUAGGGCAGUAAAUUUAUCAAAUGUAUUAUUUAAGGCAGGAAUAAGUUUACAAUUUGUUCAAUCUUCAACUCCAGUAUUCGUUGUUGAAUUAUGCAUAAUUUUUUUUCUAUAAAUAAAGUAAGUGAAUUUUUGUUUGAUACAGUGGGUAAUAUAAUAUUGUUUAUAAUGUAAUGGGUCCUAUUGAAAACAUGUUUCAGUAAGUAUUAAUUACAGUGAUCACUAGUGGAUUGAGGGGGGACGUGCCCUCUUUUUAUCAUAAUUUUUACACCCUUACUCUCUAAAGUGUACCCCCCUUUUAACAGUAAAUGAUUUCAAUACAAGAUUUAAUUUUCUGCCUCUCCUUGCUACAGAUCAAUAAUUUAUAAUAUUAUAUUUAAGUUUGAUGCAUCAUCUGGAUGCAUCAAUAUAAAUGAUGUGUGCUGAAAUUAUAUGGUGCCCAUCCUGGCUACUGACUGAUGUAUUGAAUGAGUUUUUCAUUAGCGUUAUCUGCCUUCUUAAGGAAUAGCUCUAUGCAAAAUAUUAGUUUGAAAGAUCUAUGUUUCUAAUAAAAAAAUUUUGUAAUUAACAAUUUAUUGAGUAGAAAAGAUGUUAGUUAUAUGAAAUAUAAAUUUUAUAAAAAAAAGUAUUAGGUUUAUUCUGGUAUUUUAUAUUUUGUGUAGGAUAAGGUUUACCGUAAUCAGUGUACCAAUAUAUGACUUUUUAUUAUAUGAUUAAGAAUCUAUGCUGUAGGUGUAAAUCUUGUCUUAAAUGCCAGUCCAUAGAUUUUGUAAAUUCUUCCAGACUUAAGUACAAGAUUUUUAAGUCUUUGGUUAAAAUUAAUAUAUCUACACAAAAAUAUUGAUUAUGAAAGGUGUAUUUGUUCUUGUUAAAAUGUAUUUUUGAAAAACAUGUUUUGAUCUUUAUUAGUAUUAUGAGAGUUUACAGUUUUGUUUGUUUUCUUAAAUAUUCAUGCAUGUCUAUAGAAGAAAAGGUGGACUUUAUGUAAUUUAAAGAACUAUACAAAUGCUAGUUUUAUGUGUCUGCAUUUCUCCUUAAAUCAAGAAAAAACCUUUUAAACUCCCAUAAUUUCACAUGGUUAUAUAUAUUUUGAUUAAUUAAAAUUAACUGCCUGAAUGUAGAUCAAAACACGUCUAUCUCUAUUGGAACUUUUACAUACUGUUGGACAGUAUUUCAUGCUCAUGUCUGUAUAAUUCCACAAAUAUUACUCAGGUUCAUUAUUUAUCAAAAGCUCUUAUGGAAGUUUCUGUGACAGCUCACACAAAGUAGUAGUGGGAAUGGACAUUGAUUACACAAAUUCUUUAUACAUUAUGGAAAAGUGUAAUAGUUGCAAACUGAAAAUGUUUUUAAACAUUAGAUUGCAGGAAAGAUCAUCUGGCUACAUAAAGAAUAAAACCCAAAAGUUACGAAUCUAUACCAGAAUCCACCAUGUCUGAAACAUAUUUGGUGUCAACAGUGAACUGUACUAGUAAAAUGAUUUCAUUUUUUUGUCGUUUGUAUAUUAAAAUUGUUGUAUUCAUCUCAAGGUUUACGAUGAAGCUGCAAUUCUUUCAUUCAUGUUGUUUAUUUAUACAUCAAAGUGAGUUUUAUUAAGGCCUCAGUGGACAUGACAAAUUUUGUAUGUAGAAACAAACAUGCUACUAGUUCUCCAUUAUUUUAACGAGUAAAACCAUGUGUGCAAAUUGCACAGGUGCUUAAAAUGAUACAUUAUGACAGGAAAAUAGCAAGAAAACAUAUACUCUUUAAUAUUAUGAAUAUUUUCAGUGUAUUUACAGAGUUACCAAUUUUAACAAAACUAUAAUAAACAAAAAAAGCUAUAGAGCACUGAUAUAUUCAAAAGGUUUGUUUUAAUUUUAAUUUGUUUUCUUUGCUUUCUAACAAGAUCCUCUUCAGAAUCAAGUAUAUUCUUCCUCCUCCUCUGAUUUCACUUAACAUUUCAUUUUGCUCUUAUUGCCUUUGUCUGCAAUCUUCUUCGUUUACCUCAUGAAUUAAAGAUCUAUUAAUAUGCUGCUCAACACAUUUUUGUGUAUAACACAUUUCUAUUUUUCUCAGGAGGGUUCAAAAUUGUAAUGUGAUGUGAGACUGAAUAUAGCCUUUCAUGCAUGUGACGAAAUAGCACAUGUAACUAGUUUUGUGUACUUGACUUCACACGUCAAAAGAAAAGGACUGUAUUAUGGUAGUAAUGUAUGUCGUUUGCAAUUGAGAUGGAAAUACUGCAAUUAGAUGAAUUGCAAAGAUUAUUUCUACAAAAAAAAA